AUGGCUGGGGGGGAGGUGGCCGUCCCUUACUUCACGGGACACAUCACCGACUGUGUGGCCGGUGAGAGCGAGGUGGCGGCCGCCUGGCCCAUGGCACUGCUGGGGCUCGGCAGCGCCGUCACCGAAUUCACCUGCGACGUCACCUAUGCGGGGACGCUGAGCCGGGCGCUGGGACAUCUCCAACGUCGCGUCUUCACUGCCGUCCUGCGACAGGAUGUCACCUCCCUGCGGGUGACGGGGACCGGGGCAGUGAUGGCACGGGUGACAGGGGACGUGGAGGCCACCCACGCAGCGGUGUCCGAGGCGCUCAGCCUCUUGCUGUGGUACCUGGCGCGGGGCGUUUGUCUCCUGGUCACCAUGGCGUGGUUGUCGCCCCACCUGGCCUUUGUCACCCUCCUGUCACUGCCUGUCCUCCUGCUGCUGCCCCGGGGUGUCAGCAAGAUCGAGCAGAGGCUGUCGCGGCAGGUGCGGGAGGCGCUGGCGGGUGCCACCGAGGUGGCAGUGGAGACCUUCCAGGCCAUGGCCACCGUCCGCAGCUUCGCCCACGAGGCCGGGGUGGCCGAGCGGUACCACCAGCGCCUGCGCCACGUCUACCGGCUGGAGGGGAAGGAGGCGGUCCCCUCCGCGGCCCCCCUCUCGGCCGGCAGGGGGCCGGGGGAGCAUGGGGAUGGGGGACGCGGGGACGGGGCAGCGCGGGAGCUGGGGGAUGCAAUGGCGUGGGGGCGAUGGGACGCGUUCUCAGUGCUGGCCCUGAAGUUGGGGCUCCUCUACUACGGGGGACAGCUGGUGGCCGCGGGGACCAUCACCACUGGGGACCUUGUCACCUUCCUCAUCUACCAGAUGCAGUUCACCGAGGCUGUGGAGGUCCUGCUCUGCCACUACCCCAAAAUGACCAAGGCCGUGGGCUCCUCAGAGAAGAUCUUUGCGUUCCUGGACCAGGAGGAGCAGGUGGCACCCACAGGGAUGCUGGCGCCCGAUGUCCUGCGGGGCCACCUCCAGCUUGAGGACGUCUGGUUCUCCUACCCCGAGCAACAAGAGCCCGUCCUCAAGGGCGUGUCCCUGGAGCUGCGCCCUGGGGAGGUGCUGGCGGGUGGGGGGGGCCCCCCCGGCGGGGGGGGGGGCACCAGCACGACGACACGGGUCUGGGCGGGCAGCCCCUCCGGCAGGCGACUCAUCUCCAACGGGUCCCCACUGCCAUCCCCUUGUCACCAGGUGGCCGCCGUCCCCCAGGAGCCGGUGCUCUUCUCCCGCUCGCUCCACGCCAACAUCGCCUACGGGCCAGGGACCUGGAGCCAGGCGCAGGUGACGGUGGCAGCCCGCCGAGCGGGUGCCCACGCCUUCAUCACCCGCCUGCCCCGGGGCUAUGACACAGAGGUGGGCGAGCUGGGGGGGCAGCUCUCCGGGGGACAGCGGCAGGGGGUGGCCAUCGCUCGUGCCCUGGUGAGGGACCCCCGUGUCCUCAUCCUCGAUGAGCCCACCAGCGCCCUGGACACCGAGAGCCAGCAGCAGGUGGAGCAGGAGAUCUUCGGAGCCAGGAGCCACGGGAGCGCGGUGUUGCUGGUGACGGGGCAUGCUGUGACGGGGCAGGUGGCCCUGGCCAUGCGGGCGCAGCGGGUGGCCGUGCUGGAGGGGGGACGACUGCAUGAGCUGGGGUCCCCCGGGGAGCUCCUGCACCCUGGCAGCCGCUACAGGCACCUGCUGCAGGGCGGGGGACAGGGGGGGACAGCGGGGAAGGAGGAUAUCCCCUCGGUGACACCACGCUUGGCCACCCGCAACCAGACGUCCUUCCGUGUGACCUGGCCCCGUCCCUCUGUGCUGGUAGAUGGCUACCAGGUGGCCCUUAUCCCCCUGGACGAGCCAGCAGCGAUGACCACACAUGAGCUGCCUGGCUCCGCUGUCACCUUUGAGGUGACAGGGCUGGCACCCGGCCACGCCUUCGAGCUCUUCAUCCAGGCCCAGCGGGAGCAGCACCUCGGGGCGCCCAGCACCCUGCGCGUCCGCACCCGGUUCCCUGGGGUCCCCGGCAUCACCAGUGGCCCCAGCAUCACCAUCAGCCCGAGGGUCUCCGGCAUCCCCAAGGUCCCCAGUGUCACCAGCAUCCCUGGGGUCACCAGGGUCCCUGGGAUCACCGGCAUCACCAGUGUCACCGGAUGCAUCCUUGGGGUCAUCAGGGUCUUUGGGGUCACCAGCUUCCCCAGCAUCUCCAAGGUUUCCAGCAUCCCCAGUAACUCGAGGGUCCCCAGGGUCCCCAGCAUCCCCGAGGUCCCCAGUGUCACCAGUGUCCCUGGCAUCACCAGUGUCCCCAGAAUCCCCGGGGUCAGCAGUGUCCCCAAGGUCGCCAGAGGCACCAUGUCCCCAGCAUCCCCAGUGCUCCCGGGUGGCCCAUCCCUGCAUGACCUGGGGGCCAAGCUCUCCUCCUACAAUGGCUCCUUGCUGCAGCGCCUGGAGAGCCACCUCCGGGCUACGAACUUCCCCCUCCGGGGCAACCAAACGGUGCCGGCGGUGGCCCGUGCCAUCCUCUCUUACCUUCUACGCCGCAGCCCAGCCCCGUUGCGUCACCAGCUCCUCCGCCAGAUCCCCCAUCCCAAGCCCCAGUUGAUGCCGGGGGCUGCCGGUGAGGCUCUGGUGGACCUGGAUGGGCUGCGGGGCCACGCAGAGACUGUGGUGAUCCGUUACCGGCUCCUGGAAGAGCCGGAGGGGGCCGAGGGGGAGCUACAGGUGCCAGGGGACACGGCGGUGGCCCGGGUGCCAGGGCUGGUGCCAGGGGCCAUGUACCGGGUGGAGGUGCACGGCGUGGUGCGGGGGCACGUCUCCAAGUCCUACACAUUCCUGGUGACGGCAGGUGGGUGA